AUGAUCGUGAGAGCCAGGCGAAGCCCACAGCUUUUGAAAUCAUAUACAUUAAUUAUUGGGCAUGGACCACCAAGAAAAGCCGCUUCACAAUGAAAAGUUCAGUAAAUGAUCCGCUCCAACAGUAAUGAUUAAACAAAUAAUUAAUUUUCACAUAAAACAUGAACAUGCUAUUUUCAGAAACUUUGCAAGUCAACGGAUAUAUCGAUCAAACAGUACACGUAGCUUAGAGAAGAGGAAAAAGAGGAUGCAUCAAACGAUGGAUAUUUUAACAGGAUAAAGAACCCAUUAAGAAAAUCGGAUUCAACUGACAAAAAAAAUGGUAAACGAGAGUGCGAAUGCACCAACGAGGGUGCCGUUGUUUUCUACUCUCCCUGGUGGCAAACAUCAAAAAGCUACUAUUCGCUGUCAUUAAUAAAUAACAUCUAGAAUAGUAAUCACACGACCAGGCCAAAUAACAGGCCCAAAUAUUCAAAAAAUAAGGAACCCGCAAAAGUAACUAGCAAAAAUGGUAAAUCCAUAAACGGCUUUGGAUGCGGGUUUCUGAUAAGAUUCUACGAAGAUCUGGAUUUUUCGUGAAUGAAUGAAUAUAUAUAUAUAUGAUUGGGUCAUGAUCCAGACCGUAACAGAAGGUACCAGCCAAUGGAACCAAGUUCCAAACUAGAGUCGGAAUAAUCGAAAACUCUAGAAUAUCGAAGAGGACCCAUCCAUUUUUCAUUUCAUGAAGCGGCCUUACAUUCAAAAGGCACGCAAGAUCAUCAUGCUUGAGCGGAAAUUACGAGAGAGGCACGCGCAGGACCAGGGAAGCGUUGGGCUUUUAGGUAUUGUACCAUGUCGUCAGUGGUGAUAAAGGGGUCGUUGACGGCGACGAGCUCUACGUCAUCCCUCUGCAAUGCGACCCUUACCACCAGGCAGCUAAUCCUACGGAACCCUACAGCAUCACAGCGAAUGACUACGAGAAAAUUGAGUGGAAGGGAUCUUUCAAGGCAAGGGAUGAAAUAAAACCUAAUCGCCGCAACGAGGGAAAAGAAGGGGGACCGAAGCAGGUUGGACAAAAAGAAUCGCGCAACUGA